AGAAAAAAUAAAUAAAAUAAAAAAUGAUAUAACAGAAUAACAAUUUCGGUAAUCUAAAAUAAUUUUUAAACUCUUCACUUAAAUCGCACCAGGUUCUCCAUAUAGCUCUAUCCUACAAUAAAAUUAGUGAUGAAAAUGCAUCAGGUUUAGGUUCUGGUUUAGGAAAGUGUAAUAAUCUCUCAAAUUUGACACUUGAUCUUGGCGCAAAUUAAAUUGGUGCAUAAGGUGCUUCAGACUUGGGUUCUGGUUUAGGAAAGUGCAUUAAUCUCUAAAAUUUGACACUUUAUCUUCACUACAAUAAAAUAGGUGCAGAAGGUGCAUCAAGUUUAAGUUCUGGUUUAGGAAAGUGCACUAAUCUCUCAAAUUUGAUAUUUUAUCUUGGGAAUAAUUAGAUUGGUGAAAAAGGGGCAUCAGGCUUAGGCUUUGGUUUGGGAAAGUGCAUUAAUCUCUCAAAUUUAAUGCUUGAACUUCAUGAAAAUUAAAUUAGUGCAGAAGGUGCAUCAGGCUUAGGGUCUGGUUUAGGAAAGUGCACUAAUCUCUCAAAUUUAACACUUGAUCUUCUUAAAAAUUAAAUUGGUCCAGAUGGUGCAUCAGGCUUAGGUUUUGAUUUAGGAAAGUGCACUAAUCUCUCAUAUUUGUCACUUUAUCUUUUGUUUAAUUAAAUUGGCGAUCAAGGUGCUAUAGGUUUAGGUUCUGGUUUAGGGGAGUGCAUUAAUCUCUCAAAUUUGAAACUUUAUCUUUCGUAAAAACAGUUUAUUUUUAUUUGCUUUGGAUUGUGAUAUUUUUAUCAUAAAAAUGAAUUUAAAACAAAAAAGUUUACACUUUUAAUUUAUUUAUUUAUUUGUUUGAUUUUUGUUUGAUAAAGUUUUCUUUUUUAUUCUGCUUGUGCUUUUUUCUUUCUUAUUUUCUUUAUUUAUUAAUUUAACCCAAU